AUUUUCAUUCAGUUUAGCUAGACAGAUCGUGUCUACACACAAAUAGGAAAAAACUGUGAAAAUUUAACGCUUAACUUUUUAUUUUUUCUCUCAUUUUGUUUAAAUUGAACCUUACAGCCAUUGGAAUAUGUCGCUAUAGAGAGAACAGUUGUUCUAUCGACCUAUCCCAUUCCGAACAUUACCUCACGUGGUCUACUCUAGAAAAGCUGCGUAGUGUGAACCAGCGAGAAAAAAAUAAACAGACUUGGUGCGGAUUGGUAUGCCUAGCGUGGAGUUUGUAAUGAAAAUGUCGGUGGAUUUUUGUAGUCCGGAUAGGCUAAUGGAGGGUAUCCGGGCGGGAGAGAAGGUGGUCCUUUUGGAUUGUCGCCCUCAGAAUGACUUUGUGCGAUCUCAUAUUCAGGGUGCAAUAAACAUUUCACUGCCGAACCUCAUGCUGAGGCGACUCCGAAAGGGAAACCUCAAGACGUCGUGUUUGAUUCAGAAUAACGAAGCCAAGGAGACCUUUAACCGACUGUGGAAAUCGCAUAAGAUUGUGAUAUAUGAUGAGUGUACGACAGACACCAAUUCUAAUCCUUCCAAUGUUGUGGAUUUACUCAUGAAGAAACUUCGUCAAGAUGGAGCUAAUGUCUCUUGUUUAGCAGGAGGAUUCCAACAGUUUGAAAAAAUUGCAAAUGAUUUGUGUCGACGAACGGAAAAAACCGAUGAUUCUAUUUUCGGAUUGUGCAAUUUAAAAAUUUCGGAUGAUUCCGGAAACGGAACGUCGGAAUCGGACAGUGAGAACCUGAACUCUCCGGCAUGCAUGUCCCCGUACCCCGUGGAAGUCCUGAACCACCUCUAUCUGGGAAACGCCAAAAACUCGGCGGACAUUGACUUGCUGAAAAAGUGCGGAAUUAAAUACAUUUUAAAUGUUACACCCAAUGUGCCAAACAAAUUCGCAGAAGAUAGUGACUUUAAAUACAUGCAGAUCCCAGUAGCAGACCAGCUAUCCCAGAACCUUUCUGCCUUUUUCCCAGAAGCAAUCGCAUUUAUCGACGAGGCGCGGGAGAAUGGCUGUGGUGUUUUGGUGCACUGCCUGGCAGGAAUCAGUCGAUCUGUGACGGUCACCGUGGCUUAUCUGAUGCAGAAAGAGCAGAUGACCUUAAACCAAGCUUACGACCACGUCAAACGGUGCAAGCCUAACAUUUCCCCAAACUUCAAUUUCAUGGGGCAGCUACUAGACUUUGAAAAAUCCCUCUCUGGGAACAAUACGCAGGGACAUCCGGGCUUUUUCUGUCAACGAUCAAACACACUGGAGUCUGACAGCAGUGUUCGGCAAACGUGAGCUCUGCAGCAGCCGAUGUGUUUACUUUAAGAAAGGAUUUUUUUUUAUCUCCGAGACCAAAAAAUAAGAAGAGCAGGCCCCCUCGCAAAUACCGUGAGAAAACGAUCGGAGGUUUGAGCAUUACCACGUGCGGGUAAUGGAAUGCCAGAUCGGCGUUUUAAUGAAUUGGAAGACAUCAGCCUUCGUUUAAGUGCCAACAAGAUGAUCUCAAAAAAGUCUGUUCAUGAACGAUUGCAAUGGAUACAAGAUGAAUAGGAUCCAGUGAGGGCGAAGAGCCAAGAAGAUUAGCUAUUUUUUCAUCUCUGGCCUCUCAAACCAACAACCAGGCAUUUCAUCGAGGCUUGACUUACGCGGGGCCCCCAAACGGGGAUCAAUUAAAGCAUGUACAUGUAUAAGACACUGACUAUAAUUAGUUCAAGAUUAGUCAAGCAGGUUUAUAUAUUGUAUUAUUUUUUUUAACGAGAAAAAGGAGCACUUUUUCAAUUCUAGAAUGUUAUAAUUGUCGAUUUGUAUUAUUUUACUAGAUAUUACAACACGAGUUUGAAGGGGAUCUAAAGUGUAUGAAACAAACAACUAUAGGCAGCUAUCCGUCGUUUUACGAUUGUAUCGUUGUUACAUUUCUCUCAUGCUCUAGGGCGUCAAUGUUUUGUUUUUUCUUUUCUUUUCUUUGUUUGUUCUACAUCCGAUGUCAACGAAGUGAUUUGCACACAGAAAUAAAUCAGCUUUUUGUCGACAAAAGGAGAAAGUUGGCUCCACUCUGUUGCUAGGCCUCACUCUGUCGGCCUACUCCUAAUCUCUUGUUAGAAGUUUCCUCGUUAAAAAUUGUUUAUAGUAUUAUAUAUUUUCACUUCAAAUUUUAUGGUUGCCAUGGUGACGAGGUAUUUUGUAUCUCGCUGUAUAUUGUUUCCCGUUGCCAUGGAAUGGAUGACAUUGUUAAGAGUCUGUACAUAUUUUUUUCUCUUUCUGAAAUAGAAUAUAGUGCUACUAUCGACCGUGGCGGAAUGAUUCACGGUUGAUUGUUUAUUACAUUGCCCCACCGUCUGUGAUGUCGUGUUACUUUGUUUACAGCAGAUGUUGAAUGUUUUGUUCUUUUAUUUUUGUUGAUUAAAAUCCAACUCAUUCUUAAGAAACUUAGUCCCAAAGCCUGAGUUUGGUGAAUGCCUUUCUACCGUGUAACAGAACGAAAAUAUACAAAUCUCGAUUUCAGUACAGAUUUCCUCUGAUUUAAUCCUAUAACUUUUUUCUAAUCCUCCGAAUAAUGUAAAUUUUACUUUUACAUCUAGUAUUGAAAAAAAAAUUAUUUCAAAUUUGGUUUACUAAAAAUGUGUUACGGUUAAGUAUCGUUUAGAAGGCAUAGUUUAUCGUCAGUGGUCACCGGUCAGUUAGGUACUAUUUCCUUGAAUUUGCAUUUGGUUAAAACGACAUUGUUUGCCCUUGACCCCAAAGUGUUCUCAUUUGUUCAUGGUUCAGUGAAUCGACAUACCAUUACACAUUCAUAUUGUCCAUUAUAUCGUUUUUAUAUAUGAUUUUUUGCGUUGUCAAAUGUUGAUACAGUCAGAAAAAACACUGAAAAACAAAUAAAAAUGUCUCAAAUUUAACAAA